AUGGGGCUGGGGUGGAGGGGUGCAGGAGGGACCCUCAAUAAAAGGACAGGGGAGAGCUUUUUGGUGACAUUGCUGCUGUUCUGUGGUUUCUGGAAGGCUCACACGCAGGCAGACGAUGGGAAGUCUGUCUACUUCUGGGAAACAGGUCCGUGGGGGAGAUGCAUGGGCAGCGACUGUGGUCCGGGCGGCAGCCAGAGCCGAGCAGUGUGGUGCGCCCAUGUGGACGGCUGGACCACGCUCCACACGAACUGCGACCAGGGUCAGCGUCCCUCCAACCAGAGAAACUGUUUCCGAGUGUGCGACUGGCACAAGGACCUGUACGACUGGAAACUGGGUGCCUGGAACGAGUGUGUGCCGGUGUCGGCAAGGACCUUCGGGGCCCCACGGCUGUUCACGUGCAGCGGAGGCGAAGAGGGCAUUCAGACUCGGGAGGUGGGCUGCAUGCUCAAGUCUGAUGGGUCUCCAGCAGAGGAUGCCAUCUGUGAGUACUUUGAGCCCAAGCCUCGCCUGGAGCAGGCGUGCUUGAUCCCCUGCCCUCAGGACUGUGUGGUUUCUGAGUACUCGCCGUGGACUUCCUGCUCCAAAACGUGCGGAACAGGCCUCAGGAACAGAGUACGCAGCGUCCUGGUUCCUCCGCUUUUUGGAGGCUCCAUUUGUCCCAAUCUCACUGAAUUCCAGUCUUGUAAACCAGGAACCUGCACGGGUCCGGAGGGCCUGUACAGUCUCAGGGUCGGACCAUGGAGCCCUUGCGCCCUACCUCAAACACGGACAGCACGGCAGGCCAAACGCAGGAAAGGUAAAGGCCAAGGCCUCAGGGACCGAGCAGGAGUUAAAGAUCCGGAGACCAGGGAACUUAUUCAGAAGAAGCGGUCCAGGAAUCGACUGAACCGGCAAGAAAGUCCCUUUUGGGACAUCCAGGUGGGGUUUCAGACCCGGGAAGUGAUCUGCAUACAUCGCAACGGGAGCAGCGUUGGACGCAACCUGUGCAUGCCUCGGGACCUGCCGCUGACCAUCCAGUCCUGCAUCCUUCCCAAAGACUGCCAGGUUACCGAGUGGACCGAGUGGAGCUCCUGCUCAAAGACCUGCGUGGACCCCGAGUCUCUGAAAGGAAAUCGCACUCGGAGAAGACAGGUGCUGCAGUUCCCCGUCGGUGAAGGUGAGGAGUGCCCGCCUCUGGAGGAGAUGGAGUCCUGCGAACCUCGGGGAGAAAGCCUGCCACCCUGCACCACAUACAUGUGGAGGACCACCGAGUGGAGCGACUGCCGGGUGGACUUACUGCUGAGCCAGCAGGACCGGCGCCGCAGCAACGUGACGGGGCUUUGUGGAGGAGGUCUGCAAACGAGAGAAGUUUACUGUGUCCAGGCCAACGCAGAGCUCCUGAAAUACCUCAACGACCUCAGAGAAAAAGAAAAAGCAGGUCAGACCCAAAGACAGUUGAAGCCUAGUGUCCCCCCUCUCCUCUCCGUCACCUUCCAGAUUACAGCGUCCCGCCCCGUGGAAAAUCAGCUGUGCAAGGGUCCGAUCCCAAACACAUCCCAGCUCUGCCAAAUCCCCUGUCCUAUCGACUGCGAGGUGUCACCCUGGGGGGCCUGGGGGCCGUGCGUCUUUGAAAACUGUGAUGAUCAAACCGGAAAGAAAGGUUUCAAACUUCGGAGGCGACGGAUCACCAACGAGCCGUCGGGCGGUCCGGGGAACUGCCCGCACCUGGCGGAGGCGAUGCCGUGCGACGAGCCCAGUUGUUACAACUGGCAGCUGCUCGGUCUGGAUGAAUGCGUUCCUGAUGACGGGAAGCCGUGCGGCCCCGGCACUCAGCCGCCGCAGGUCCGAUGCAUCAACAGCAACGGUGAGCGGAGAGAAGCCAGUCGAGCAGAUCACGUGAUGUUUGCAGAGCUGAGCGGAUGCAACUCAUUCCUCCUGUUUGUUGACGGGAGCGCCACCGGGUCGGGUCGUAUUCUUCACUACAGAACACCCUCAGGUGGAGCCUUGUGUCCGAACAGCAGCGCCCUUCAGGAGGUGCAGAACUGCAACGAACACCCUUGUAUGGUCUACCACUGGCAGACGGGGUCCUGGGGCCCAUGCACGGAGGACCCCUCAGCCUCAACACUCAACACCUCUGCAGGGUCCAGGGUCAGUCCCAGUGGGGACGGGUCGGGUCUCUGCUCCAUGGGGGUACAGACUCGAAAGGUCAUGUGUGUCCGGGUCGGCGUGGGACAGGUGCCACCGAAGAAGUGUCCAGACGCCCCUCGCCCGAGCACGAUGCGGUCGUGUCAGCUGCCCUGCAAGAAGGACUGCAUCGUCACCCCGUUCAGCGACUGGACCGAAUGUCCGGGGACCUGCGACGCAGCUGGUGAUGCUGUGAAGAGGAAGCAGUCUCGAAAACGUCUCGUCAUCCAGAUGCCUUCCAACGAAGGACAGGAGUGCCCCGAGGUGCUGGAAGAGGAGAGGGACUGCGAGGUCCCAAAAGUCUGUCCAGGAUUCAGGUGGAAAACCCACAAGUGGAGGAAGUGCCAGCUGGUGCCCUGGUCUCUCCGAAAGGACUCUCCUGGUGCACAAGAGACCUGCGGACCAGGACUUCAGACCAGAGCGGUGUCCUGUCGCCAGCUGGACGGGACGCAGGCCGACAUCAGCGAGUGUCUGAGAUCCGCCAAGGCCAUGCCCGCCAUCACUCAGCGCUGUCAGCUCCCCUGCCAGGACGACUGCCAGUUGACCAACUGGUCCAAGUUCUCGUCCUGCACAGCUGACUGCGUGGGGGUCCGCACCAGAAAGAGAGCAUUGAUAGGGAGGAGCAAGAAGAAGGACAAGUGCAAAAACACACAGAUGUACCCUCUGAGUGAGACGCAGUACUGCCCCUGCGAUAAGUACAACGCCCAGCCGGUGGGGAAGUGGUCGGACUGCAUCCUGCCCGAGGGAGGCCGCGUGGAGAGCACCAUGGGGAUGAAGGUCCAGGGCGACAUUAAGGAGUGUGGACAGGGCUACCGCUACCAGGCCAUGGUGUGCUACGACCAGGACAACCGGCUGGUGGAGACCUCCCGCUGCAACAGUCAAGGGUACAUCGAGGAGGCGUGCAUCAUCCCCUGCCCGUCCGACUGUAAGCUCAGCGAAUGGUCCAACUGGUCGCGCUGCAGCAAGUCCUGCGGAAGCGGAGUGAAGGUUCGCUCCAAAUGGCUCCGGGAGAAACCCUACAACGGGGGCCGGCCGUGCCCCAAACUGGACCACAUCAACCAGGCUCAGGUGUAUGAGGUGGUGCCGUGCCAGAGCGACUGCAAUCAGUACGUUUGGGUCACCGAGCCCUGGAGUGUGUGGAAAGUCAGCAACGUGGACCUGAAGGAGAACUGUGGGGAAGGUGUCCAGACCAGAAAAGUCAGGUGCAUGCUGAACACUGUGGACGGCCCGUCUGAGUCUGUGGAGGAUUAUCUGUGCGACCCAGAAGAGAUGCCUCUGGGGGCCCGGGAGAGCCGGCUGCCCUGCCCCGAGGACUGCGUCCUGAACGACUGGGGCCCCUGGAGCCGCUGCAGCAUGCCCUGCACCAGCAACAACAGUCGAGCGCGAGCAGCAUACGCGCUCCGGUACCCCACCGUGGGAAGGCAGUGCCCAGAGACGACCGACAGAGAGCCUUGCCGUCUGAAUCUCAACUGUUUCAACUACUUCUACAACAUCACAGGUAAAAUGCGGCGGCAGCGCUCCGUGGUCCAGGCCUCCCAGGGCGAUGGCCGGCCGUGCCCCUCCCAGAUGGAGCAGUGGAAGCCCUGCCCCGUCCGACCCUGCUACCGCUGGCAGUACAGCCCCUGGUCGGAGUGCCGGGUGGAGAGUGUGGUGUGCGGACACGGCACGCGUUACAGGAACCUGUCCUGCUUCGUGUCGGACGGCUCGGGCGACGGUGAGAGCAGCAUGGUGGACGAGGAGCUGUGCAGCAGCCUGGAGCUGGCCGUGGACAGAGACAAACAGAUCAUCCUUAAAGAGGCGUGCGUCCUUCCAUGUCCAGGUGGAUGUCCGGCCAUGAAUCCUCCGGAGGACAACAGCUCCUGUGACCCCCCCUGCCUCAUGCCCAGGUCCUUCUGCAGCGAGGCCGGUGUCUGCAUGUGCGACGAGGGCUUCACAGAAGUUCUGUCUUCUGAUGGGCAGCUGACCCAGUGCGCCCCCAUCCCAAUCCUGGAGAUCCCCACGGCGGGGGACAAGAAGGGCGACGUGAAGACCAGCCGUGCCGUUAACCCCACGCUCCCCACCACCGUCCAGCCCGGACGCACCGGGCGGACCUGGUACCUGCAGCCCUACGGACCAGAUGGGAAGCUGAAGAUGUGGGUGUAUGGUGUAGCAGCCGGAGCCUUUGUGCUCCUCAUUUUCAUAGUGUCUAUGAUAUACCUAGCUUGCAGCCUCUGUGCCAAGGUGCAUCACUCUCUUAAGACCCAAGAGCCUGACACCAACGGGACGGCGAUGUGGACAGGCCAGAACUCACAUGAGAUGGUUUACAUCUGUCCUGAAUGUCAAGAGCUGACUCAAAACAGCAGUAGUUAA